CAUUUACCUCUAGUAGGACAUUUCUCUCCAUGGAAACAACAGAACAUCGGUCUUGUGCCUAUGGACUUCGGCAUCAGACACGUUGCCUGUCAGCCAUCAAGUCGAAGGAUGGCAAAAGUAGAUUCAUCAUUGGCACUCAGGAACUCUUGAGACCGAAUGAGGUUCAUCUUUUGACGUUUGACGAAGACAUGUUUGAAAUCAACACUACGAUAUUUGAUCAUCCUCAUGAGAUUUGGGAUAUUGCAGCAUCGAAAGAAGAUCCAGAUUUGUUUUUCACUUGUUACAAGCAAGUUGUUGAUGGAAAGAAAAUACAGAGUAAGGCCUCCCUUUGGAGGAUGAAAUACGAAGAACAGAACACUGAGGAGACCGAUCCUGAGAGACCACAUCAUCAUCAACUGAGAGGAGAACUGGAGCAUGUAUUGAGCCUCGAUGUGGGAGAUGGAAUAGUCAAGAAAGUUAUUUGGCAAGACAAUACUGAAGUCAUCUCUGUAGAAGACUGGCGGAUUUGUAUAUGGGACAUUGAUAUCAAACAAGGCACAGCCAAAUUGACUGGAUCGAUCGAUUCACCAGAUAAAAAGUUCAAGUUCACAAGUGCAGUUAUGAACCCCCAUGCUCAAGAGGUUGUAGCUAUAUAUGGCCGGUCUAUUCAAGGCUGGAAUUUGAGUUCUCUAAAGCCUACAUUCACCAUCAAAGACUCCCAACCGGCACUCCUCCUUUGUAUUGAUUAUAAUCCCAACAGACCUUUCCAAAUCGCAACGGGUGGAGAUGACUGUAAAGUCAGGAUAUGGGAUGUACGGAAUCCGACUGCAGGACCUCUUAUGGUUAUACAGGAUCACACCCAUUGGGUGUGGUCAGUAGCGUACAACAAGUUUCAUGAUCAAUUAGUGCUCACAUCCAGCUCGGAUUGCCAGGUGAAUCUGCAGAGCAUUGUAUCGAUUUCAACAGGUGCUGAUUAUGCGUAUGGGGACACAGAGGAUGCGGAACAACAGGACCAGGAUAGUGACAUGGCGGAGAACGAAGCACAGGAUGCACCAACAGAUGGACUGGUGCAGGCAUUUGACCAGCAUGAGGACUCUGUGUAUCAGGUAGCAUGGAGUGGCGUGGAUCCAUGGUUAUUUCUAUCAUUGUCGUAUGAUGGACGAGCGGUGAUGAAUCAGGUCCCAAGUGAAGAGAAGUUCAAGAUCAUUAUGCACUGA